AUGCAAAACUAAAUACCAAAAUCAAAAAUAGAUAACACUGAAUUAAACAUAACAAAAAUAGGCUUAGGUUGUGCAUCCAUAGGAAAUUUAUACACACCAAUUUCCACUGAAUAAGCCUUUUAAGUUAUUAAUGCUUCAAUUUAAAAAGGAAUAACAUAUUUUGACACUGCUCCUUGGUAUGGAACUGGUUUAAGUGAAUAAAGAUUAGGAUUAGCCUUACAUAAUGCCAAUAUUGAAUAUUAAAUAUCGACAAAAGUGGGCCGUUUUUUAAUUCCAGACGAAGAAUUUGAAAAAGAUUUGAUAAUGUAAAAAAUAUGGCAAUAAAGAGCCCCAUAUAAACCUAAUUGUCAUAAAGAUUAAAUAGAUUUUUAUUACAAAUAACUUUUCGAAGGUUAAAAUGCUGGAAUAGAGGCUUUAAAAUAAUUAAAAAAAGAAAAAAAAAUCAAAGCUUUUGGAGGAAGUAUAAAUGGUAAUAAUGAUAAAAAAUACAUAGAAAAAUAUAUUAAUGAUUUAUUAAAAAAUGAUGCCGAUUUUCUUAUGAUAUCGGGAACUCCGACUUUAUUAGAUUAAGGAUUUUUAGAAAUUCCGAAUUUUUUUGAUAUAAAUAUUAUUGUGGCAGCCCCGUAUUGUAGUGGUAUCUUGGCUGGAAAAUAAAAAACUAUAUUUAUAAAAAUUAAAUGA